ACUCUAUAAGGUGACCUGCCUCUUUGGAAAUGCUCUGUAAAACUGACAAGGCAUCUGUGUUUGAGUCUUGCGAUACCUUUAGCUUAGUAACUUGUCUGACUGAUGCACUUUGUAACUGGACUAGCUUUGGAACAUUUGCCCUCUGAUUUCUUUGUAGUCAUUUAGAAUAAAAGUGGAUGAACCUGCUUUUGCACUGGGGAUUUGUACUUUUUGUAAUUUCUGUAUGAAUUUUUUGGAAAGCUUAGAAAUGUGUUCUGGAAGGAAUCAGAGGACUCUGGCUGUUAUUUGCACUGUAUUGAUGUUAGUUGUAUGCCCAGCUGAAGGAGAGGCGUCCAGAGGCUGUUCCCGUCCCUGCUCCUGCCCCCCGUCUCCACCCUCCUGUCCGCUUGGAGUGAGCUGGGCGCUGGAUGAAUGCGACUGCUGUAAGGUGUGCGCCCAACAGUUCAACCAGGACUGUGGCCCUGACCGACCCUGCGACCACAUCAAGGGCCUGCGCUGCCACCUAGGGGCCGGAGGGGACCCUCGACGCGGUGUCUGCAGAGCUGAGGUUCAGGGCCGUCCGUGUGAGUUUGCUGGUCGUGUGUAUCAGCACGGAGAGGAUUUCCAGCCCAGCUGUCAGCACCAGUGCAGCUGUAUGGAUGGCGUGGUGGGCUGCAUGCCGCUGUGUCCCCACAACAUCCCUCUGCCCCCCAGACACUGCACCAACCCUCGUCUGGAGACGCCGCCGGGACGCUGCUGUGAGGAGUGGCUGUGUGACGAUGAUAACAGCAUCAGGGAAGACCCACUGGACCCCCGUCCCCAUCACACCACAUCCAAUCACAUCAGCAAACUCAUACAGAGCCCUAACAGCAUCCUGUCCAGGAGAGGCUCCUUUCAAGAGUGGGCGUCCUUGCCUGUGUCUCGAGUUCCCUUCCUAUCAUCCGAAUGUUUCCCGCAGACCUCCGACUGGUCUGAAUGUUCUGCUCCCUGCGGGUUUGGCAUCUCCAGUCGUGUGACUAAUAGUAAUGCACAGUGCAAGCUUGUUAGAGAGACUCGCCUUUGCCAGAUCAGAGAAUGUGACAUCACUCCAUCUGUGAAGAAAGGAAAGAAGUGCAGGCAAACGGUGAGGUCUCGGGGACCGGAGCAGAUCAUGUUCGCCGGCUGCUCGACGGCUCGCCGUUACCGGCCUCGUACCUGUGGCUGGUGUGUGGAUGGCAGGUGCUGUCAGCCGUCCUCGUCCCGCACGGUGCGUCUGCGCUUCCACUGCUCAGACGGAGAGAGCAUCACUCGUAACGUCAUGUGGAUCCAGCGCUGCCGCUGCAGCAAGAGCCUCUGUGGGGUUCAGAGAGAGCCAUCCUCACCUGCCAUCAGCCUUCACAACGACAUACACACCUUCUCUCACUGAACACACACAACGCACCAUCACUCCAUGAUGACUAAAACUCACUCUUCACACUUAAAACACGUUAAAGCUGAACUAUAGACUGGUAAACUUUUCUAGACUCGUAUAUAGUUCUUGCACUUUCAAUGUUUCUCCUUCGCUUUGACCUGCAGCCUCUGAAUCUCAUGAAAACAUGUCCAGGUCACAUUUCUUGAGGAAGGCAUUGCUAACUGUUGCUAGCUCAUGUUUCCACAUCUUUCUACUUGUAUUUAUUCUGUUAUUUUUGUAGUAUUUUAUAGUGUCUUUAAGGAUAAGUGAUGAUAUAUUUGUUGUCAGAUGAAUGACUUCCUGUCACUCGAUGGGUUAAUGCACU